CGUGGGGGCGGAGAAAACACCGCCCUCUUCCUUAGGACCCAAUAGAGAAGAGGAACAGGAAAGCGCUUCCUGAGUUCGGGGGUCGAGGAAAGAUGGCGACCACCAAAGGGGUUUGGUGCCUGUGCGAGUUAUUGAGAUUUUUUUAUUCAUUAUUCCUCCCUGGGCUGGCAGUCUGUGGAACUUUAUGCGUAUGUCUGUUUAUUAUCCUCUGGGGAAUCAGACUGCUGCUACAGAGAAAGAAAGCAUUAGUAUCAACUAGCAAAAAUGGGAAAAAGCAGAUGGUAGUUGCAUUUUUUCAUCCUUACUGCAAUGCUGGCGGAGGAGGAGAAAGAGUUUUGUGGUGUGCCUUAAGGGCCCUGCAGAAAAAGCAUCCUGAGGCAGUUUAUGUCGUUUAUACUGGUGAUGUUAACGUCAGUGGUCAACAGAUACUAGAAGGUGCUUUCCGAAGAUUUAACAUCAGACUCACUCACCCAGUGAAGUUUGUUUUCUUAAGGAAACGCUAUCUUGUGGAAGAUUCACUCUAUCCUCACUUCACACUGCUGGGCCAAAGUCUAGGGUCCAUUCUUCUUGGCUGGGAAGCUCUAAUGCAGUGUGUUCCCGACGUCUACAUCGAUUCGAUGGGAUACGCGUUCACACUUCCUCUGUUUAAGUAUUUAGGCGGUUGUCGCAUUGGAAGCUAUGUUCAUUAUCCCACGAUCAGCACUGACAUGCUCUCUGUAGUGAAGAAUCAAAAUGUUGGAUUUAACAACGCAGCUUUCAUUACCAGGAAUCCUUUUUUUAGCAAAGUAAAGCUCAUCUAUUAUUAUUUAUUUGCUUUUAUCUAUGGACUUGUUGGUUCUUGCAGUGAUGUCGUGAUGGUCAAUUCUUCUUGGACACUAAACCACAUUCUUUCCCUAUGGAAGGUUGGAAAUUGCACUAACAUUGUUUAUCCGCCUUGUGACGUGCAGACAUUUCUGGACAUUCCCUUACUGGACAAAAAGAAAACCCCAGGACAUUUACUGGUUUCCAUCGGCCAGUUCCGGCCUGAAAAGAACCAUCCUUUGCAGAUCAAAGCCUUUGCUAAAUUGCUGAAUAAGAAGGUGGCUGAGUCACUGCCUUCCCUUAAACUUAUCCUCAUUGGGGGUUGUCGAAAUGAAGAUGAUGAGCUGAGGGUAAACCAACUGAGAAGGCUUGCUGAGGAGCUAGGAAUUCAAGAAGAUGUGGAAUUUAAAAUAAACAUUCCAUUUGAUGAGUUGAAGAAUUACUUGUCUGAAGCAACAAUUGGUCUGCACACCAUGUGGAACGAGCAUUUUGGGAUUGGAGUGGUUGAGUGUAUGGCUGCUGGCACAAUUAUCCUUGCCCACAAUUCGGGGGGCCCGAAGCUUGACAUUGUCGUUCCUCACCAGGGAGAGAUAACUGGAUUUCUGGCAGAAAGCGAGGAAGGCUACGCUGAGACCAUGGCUCAUAUUCUUUGCAUGUCUGAGGAAGAGAGACUCCAAAUCCGCAGCAAUGCUCGGGCAUCUGUAAGCAGAUUCUCUGAUCAGGAGUUUGAACUAGCGUUCCUGUCAUCUGUGGAGAACUUACUUAAAUAAUGCCAUAUCUGUACAAAUUAAAGAUGUUUUAUAUAAAACGGCUAAAUACCUUCUUAUGUUAGUACUUUCCUGAACGUUUUCUGUAUUAUAAUGAAGUCAGCCUAAAUAGUGCUCUCAGCAAUAUAUAGAGAGAUGGGAUAUUUAUUUCAAUGAAAAUGAAAAAAAGGCAAAAUUACCAAAUAGUUUAAAUGAAAAGAUUUUAGAUUAGUAUUCUGUCCCAAAUUCUGAAAAAUGUGGAUCUGAAAGAAAAAACGAACAGUUGUAAUGUGGUAUAAUCCCUAUUUUUCAGAUCCUGUUUGUCCAAUCACUGUCCGUUAGAACCCAGGAAAGAGAAUUUCCCUUUAGAAUAUAGGAAAUGUGGAAAGGAAAAUGGAGAACUGACGAUUAGAUCAGUACUUUAGAACUGUCCUGACAUCUUGGGAACACAGAAAAAUUCUGGUAUAUUUAAAUUCUAAAUGUUACUGUGGAUGACCUUCUUGAAUAUAUCUGACGGUUUUCCUUAAAGAGAAAAAACACUUGAAGCAGGCGUCAUCUCGUUCUAAAAGCACACAGCGAAAAGACAGAGGGACAGUGACUGCCCUGUGGGCAUAAAGACAGACGGACAGUAACUGUCCGCAGGCGUUUGUCAGGGGCAGAGGCACAGUCUUUCUGUAGCUUGGGGUUCACGAGAGUAGCUUUUUGUUUAGUGCUCUCAGUACAUUUGUUGCUGAUGGAAAGGGCUACCCUGGUAUCCCAUCACAGUUCCACAUCUCUGGAGCUGCAAGUCUGCUUGAAGCUGUUCAGAAGGUCGCAGUGAGAACAUCGUGCCAAGUUGCUCUUCUCAUAGUGACGAUGGACGAAUGGGCUCCGUCCUCCCGGGUGUCUGUUGGCAGCAUCGUGCCUUGGGAGAUGAUGAGGUGGCUUUUAGAAAAGCACUCCAGACUCCAGCAUCUUCAUUUACAAACAUCAGACCUCCUAAAACCGAAGCUGCUUCUUAAAUCUUUUUGAAAUCCCAAUUCUUCACCUAUAAUCUGUAGAUGGUAAUACCUGUCCUCAUUACCUCUCAGUGACUCUGAUUUGGAAAGUAUGUGAAAAGACCUUGAAAACCAGAACUAAGUUUUUUUUUAAAGGUACCUUUA